GCAAUAGCACGUAUAGGAAGGCCAUUAUUUCCCCAGCAUUUUGUUUUCAAGCGUGCUUCAGCUGGGAGUUUAGUGUCCGAGAUGGCUGACGGUGAUAUUGAAGAGUUCAUUGAACAGAAUCGACAUUUGGCUGAGCUCGUCGAUACGUUUAGGACCAUCUCGGAGAGCGAAAAGCAUUGGAAGUCCAGGAGGGAGUUCCUUUUUAGGAACAUCAACGACUAUGAAGAUCCACACUUGGACCAUCUUCUGGCUUUGUCCAUGGUUUGGGCAAACAACGUCUUCCUCGGUUGUCGGUAUAGUCCCGUACUUCUGGACAAAGUGAAGGAAAUGGCGGAAGGGAUUGUAGUGCACGACGCACCGGUUUUCAAAACAAGAGACGAGAUCGUUAAACAGAAGAAUUGAUGACUGGACCUGUCUGGCAAAAGCAUACACAGUGGAUCAGACCCUCAGAUUUGGAGAUUCUUCUGAACAUGGUUUUUUUUGUAAAUGGUGUAUUUUAAAUGCUUCCAGACAUUGCUGAUUAUGUGCUGGCUUUACAAUGGCAGGUAUCAGGGCUUGUAGUCUAAAGCAAGAAAAUACACUUCAAAUAACAAGAGCAGGCUGUCAGAAAGUUCUUUACAUAUAUUAAAUAGCCCUCAUUGCACAUAAAACUGCCUGAGGCAAUCAAAAACAUGCUGUUAAACUGAAAUGGUAUUUUUUGAUGGGCCACCAGUGAUCUUUAAGGAGAGUUUUUAUCAUUAUUUUUAUUGUCGUGUGGAAUGUUGUUCCAAAUGUAGAAUGUGGGGCCUGGUUCCUUCAGCCACAGGCACCAAAGCCAUCAGGACAUUGUACUUCCUCUAGUGGUCUUUUUAAAAACAAUAGUUUUUCAUCAGUUUUAUUCCAACGAUUUAUUUGUACUCAAAAUCAGUUCUGUAGAAAUAUGUGAUCUCUGCCUGGGCAUCUGUUUGCCUGAGAGCUGCAACUCUGUGGCCUUCCACCAGUGUUUUAUUGAUUUGCAAGUUGCCUAAUGGAUGCCCAUCAGUGCCCUGGUAAAUAUUAUGCAAGUAUGGAUGCAUAUUUUUGAGGUCAUGUGAUGGGUCCUUGUGUGUUGUGGUUUCUAUGGCAACCCCAGCUGUGCCAUCUCUGUUCCCUUUUAAUAACAAAAUCAGCAAAAUUUUAAACAUCAAAAAGAGCAUCGUGCAUUUGGUUCAGGAACAAGAUUUCUCAACCAAGAGUACAUCAAGUCUGUAAAAUGUAUUUUAUUAUAUUUAUACAGCAUAUUUUAAGUGUACAUUGUUUUCAAUAAAUUCACAAA